AUGGAAUCUUGGGAGCUUCUGUGCGGCAAGCCGAAACCUGCGAAUGGUUCAGAGCAUCUACCGGAGUUUACAUACGAGCCGUUAGCAUCAACCCAGGGAUGUAUUCGCCUCAUUGACAUCCUCGAGCUUUCCACAGAUGGCACUAUUAUAUACACUAUGAAAGAAAAGCAAUUCAAUAUCAAUAAUGGCAGCUACAAUGCUCUUUCAUAUUGCUGGGGCCUGUCCAGACCUCUGCAUCGAAUCAUCAUCAAUAAUAAAGUCCUGUAUGUUCGAAAGCACAUUUGGGAUUUGCUGAGAGCUAUCCACGUCGGACAAAUGCACCACAUCUUUUCCAUUGCAAGCACCAUCUAUGCUUGGAUAGGAAAUUGGGACACUAGAUUUGGCUCAGCCUUCCAAAAACUUGAAGAACCCAACGCAGAUAGUGAGCUAGCUCUUUCAUUUCUUCCCCAGCGUUCAUGUAUAAAAAUUGAUUAUAUCAUAACAUGUUGUCCCAUGUUCUAA